GUGUAUUUACUGUAAAAAAAAAAAAUUAUCUUAGAGGUUUUACCUUCAAAUGUACUGCUUGUGUACUCUUGACUUUUGCCUAUCGGAAAUGUUCCGUUUUUGGCCUUGAAAGGUACAAAAAGUGCAGUUUAGUAAUGAAUUCCACAUUAAAUUAUUGCUGUCAGGGUGUACCAAGGGUCACCAACGUGGUGCCUGCGGGCGAAUGGUAGCCCGCAAGGACCAUAUAAGGCGCCCUCGAGAUAUGUUCCAAAAAUACCAUAGGCCAAAAAUUGUUGCUAUUAUUUGUGCUUUAAAUUCUGAAUCUGACUUGCUUACGUGAAUUGAAAUUUUAACACACCUGAAAUGUAAUUUACUAUAAUACAUUAAAACGAAAAUAUUUUAUGUACGUGUAAUGAACUGAGUCUGAAAUUAGCCGCAAACAGGUCACGUAGCCCUUCAUACGAUCAGUGCUCACGAAGCAGCCCUCAGCCUCAAAAAGGUUGCUGAGCCCUGGGCUGUACCCUGAAAAUCAGCGGUUCUCUGCUGCAUGUGCAUCAUUGGACAAAAAAUAAAAUAAUAAAUACAUAUAUCUUUUUAUCUUUAGCAUCCCUCGUGAGUCUUUUGGAUACUGAAGGCUAAUUUUGACCUACUAUAUGGGUAUGAGUUCUACCAGAACUAUCCUAGAAAGCCAGAGAUUUGGAUUGGAAGCCAGUCUGUCCGACAUUAUAUUUUGUGCUAGCAAAAUACGGUGCAACUAUCCAACACCAAUACUGAAUUUCCCAUUCCUUGCCGUGACGCCCAACACAAAUCUGGGAAAUACAUUAUAAUAUCCUGCUGCUAUUUCAAUUUGCAUCCAUAUUAAUGUUUCCCAUCGAUUUUGCUUUUGCUGACAGAGGCUAAGUAAAGUAUCGUAUCAAGCAAUCGACCUCCUGCACAGAGAAUCCAUUAUCUUGUUUCACUUUGCAAUAAAGUCGUGCGUGUUUGUGCGUGUGUGCAUUGGAGUUAAGAUGAUUUUAAUAAAUUGCACUCAUCUGGCAGUGCACUGUGAACCUUUGCCACACGGUGUCACUGGUGACAGCAGAAUCAAGCGGGCAAUUUUGAUAUCGCAGGCCCAUCCAUUUCAAUUGGGCAAAAAUCAAACUGUAAUUAAAACAAUCAAUAGUCAUUCCUGUAUGUUAUAUACAUCAUAACAAAGCUGUUUAGUGGAAGUGAAGCAUUCCUUCCUGGGGGUGUUACAAAUGCGAGUAGAUGUAAUUUGGGAAAUUAUGUAUAAGAGGCACAGGCUUAUAAAUUCAUCAAUCCUUCUCCGAUGUGUAUAUUUAUUUGGCGACCAUUUCUCUCAAUUGUCUAUCCAAGUGAACGGUUGCUUGUCUGUACGAUAAGUCCGGGGUUCCGCCCACCUGGGCCAUGAGGACAAGUGCUAUAUGAAAAAUAAAAAUGGAGAGAUGGAUAUAUUUUUGUUGGGAUUUAUUUAUUUGUGAGGGCCAUAUACAAUUUAGAUUCUGCAAAUGUUGAUACAGCAAAAAAAAAAAAAUGUACUGGAUCCAUGUAUACACAGUAUUUGUAAGUACCAAGCUAAAUUGUUUCAGGAGCAUUUGCACAGCACAGUUCAAGCCAUUGUGUAGCACAGGACUGGUCACACCCACUGAGCAGAAAGCUUGUCUAUAGUUGAGCAAAAGAGCCUGGAAAUGUUUUAAUCCAGACACAGAACAGGCUUGCUGAGACUAAUCCAUUUGAUUGCUUUGCUCAGGAACGCUCCCAAACAGAAAAGAUACACGAGAUGAUGGCGCUAUCAGCUCCUCUACCAGAGAGGAUUGGAUGCGGCCGUGUGCUAUGAGCCGGUCCGUCAGCACAGGAAUAUGCCGAAUGAUAUAAUCCUUUAGAGGUUUUAAAGUGUGAUGCGCCGUGCAUACUGUCAAUCCUCAUCUUUGCUUUUCUGCAUUAGCAGCAUUCUGUCUUCAGCCAGAUGGCAGACCGUCCCAACAUGUGUGAUAAUGUGCAUGUGUGUUUGUGUGUGAGUGUGAACCGGGUUCCUCUUGUAGCAGGUGGUUAAGGAGAUAAUCCAGGUAAAGCCACUGUGAAGUGGACAUGGAGGGAGGGACUGAGGAAGGGCGUGGACGGGUGGAUUGAUGGAGUGAGUGGCCUUUCUUUGGAUUCCUGUAAGGCUAAUUGUGGCCACCUAAUCCUGUUCCUGUUCGCCCUCCCCCCUCCUCCUGCUCGCCAUCUCCGCACUGAUGGCUUGGAGAGAUCGAUGGCCAGGUAUUCGCGGCUAUCACGCACCUAAACAGGUUAUCUGAGCAGGAAGAGAGUGGGGAAAAAAAGAGGCUGCGUGUAUCUUUGCGGGUAGCUAACCUGUAACACGCAUGAGUGAGCCUCAUUGGAGAAUGUAGCAUCGGCCCUGCAGACAAACCAAAGGAAACGCGUUACCAUGGGGGAGGCUCAGCAGGUUAGUGGAGUGAUCCAACCACAGGGCUUACUCUCCGUCAUUGAGAAACUGAAGGGAACCAGCGAGCAAGAGGUGCGAAUAGUUCUCCUGGGCUUGGACAAUGCCGGUAAAACCACCUUGCUCAAGAGCCUCGCCUCCGAGGACGUCAACACCAUCACGCCAACACAGGGCUUCAACAUAAAGAGUGUUGCCUCUCAUGGCAUGAAACUCAAUGUGUGGGAUAUCGGAGGGCAAAGGAAGAUCAGACCAUUCUGGAAAAAGUAUCUGGAGAACACAGAUCUGUUGAUUUACGUUAUUGACAGUGCAGACAAAAAGCGAUUUGAGGAAACGGGACUGGAGUUGUCUGAGCUGAUAGACGAGGAGAGCCUGAAGGGUGUUCCAGUUCUCAUCUUCGCUAAUAAGCAAGAUUUGGCAACAGCGUCGCCGGCCAGUGAAAUCGCAGAGGGACUCAACCUUCACACGUACAGGGACCGUGAAUGGCAGAUUCAGGCCUGCUCAGCCGUGUCUGGGGAAGGUGUUCAGGAUGGUAUGAACUGGAUUUGCAACAACAUCAUGAAUAAGAAGAAGUCAGCCAGUAUCCCAAAAUAACACAGAACAGGCAAUUACCCUCAUUAUCAUGGCACACACACACACACACUACAGAUGUGAAGAAUUUUCUUUUUGUAGUCUAUGUCUUGCUAUUUCUAUGUAGGCUACAAUGAGUAAAUUGGGCUCCUCCAAUGUUUCUCAUCAAGUAUUUCUGUCCCCUCAUCCCAAAGAUCUUUGUCUGGUGAUCCUGUGAGACUAUGCAAGCUUUACUGAUUUAGAACUUUUCUCAUUUGUACUGUAGUUCGGUGUGUGUGUGUAUUUGGGAGAUUUUUGACAAUAAAAUAUUUGGUCAUCUUC